AUGGCCAAUAACAUCAUGUUAUUCUUCAUUCUUUUCUAUCUUAUCAACUCAUCAAACGCAAUGCCAUCAUUUAACGUACAGAGAUACGGAGCUAAAGGUGAUGGGAGAACAGACGCGACCGAACCAUUUUUGACAGCUUGGUCAUUAGCAUGUGGCUCAAGGACUCGAGCCAUGGUCUACAUCCCCCGUGGAACAUACUUGGUUAGAAAUCUAGUCUUUUGGGGUCCUUGCAAGAACAUUAUAACUUUCAAAAUCGAUGGAAAACUCGUUGCUCCUGCAAAUUACUGGAGUAUAGGUAGUUCUGGUUACUGGAUCCUAUUCGCUAAAGUAAACCGGAUCUCGGUUAUUGGUGGAACCAUUGAUGCCAGAGGAGCUGGUUAUUGGUCUUGUAGAAAGAAAGGUGGUCAUUGUCCUCAGGGUGCAAGGUCUAUCUCGUUUAGUUGGUGCAAUAACGUUCUACUAAGUGGCUUAACAUCGUUGUAUAGUCAGACUAUUCAUGUCACGAUUCAUCAUUCUUCUAAUGUUCGGAUUCAAAAUAUAAGAAUUAGGGCUCCAAGUGGUAGCCCUAAUACUGACGGUAUUAUCGUCCAGGCUUCUUCUGGAGUCACCAUUAGUGGGGGAGUCAUUGCGACCGGUGAUGACUGCAUUGCUCUAAAUCAAGGAUCUAAGAACAUUUGGAUCGAACGCUUGAAUUGUGGACCCGGACAUGGAAUCAGCAUUGGGAGUCUUGGGGAAUACGCUAACGAGGAAGGAGUGCAGAAUAUUACUGUCACGAACUCUAUUUUCACCAGGACGCAAAACGGAGUCAGAAUAAAGGCUUGGGCCAGGCCGAGCAACGGGUUUGUGAAGAAUGUGCAAUAUCGAAACUUGGUGAUGAGGAAUGUCGAGAAUCCAAUUAUCAUCGAUCAAAACUAUUGCCCAAAUGGAAAAGGCUGCCCUAACCAGAGCUCUGGUGUGAAGAUAAGUGGAGUGACCUACUCAAACAUAAAAGGAACAUCAAUAACGCCAAUAGCAAUGAGACUGGAAUGUAGUGGAAGCCAUCCUUGCACAGGGAUUACAUUAAAAAACAUAAACCUCAAGUACAUGAGAAAGUCAUCAGCUUCUUAUUGCAAAAACGCUCAUGGACGAGCAUCUGGAGUUAUGAUUCCAAGGAAUUGUAUGUGAUAUCAGAAAUCCAAGAUUUCAUCAUUGGGAUUAUAUUUUAUGAACCCUAAGAGUAAUUUUCGGAUGUAGAU